GCGUCGUUUGAAUUCAAGCAAAACCCCAAACCCUCUCUUGAAGAAGGAGCGGCAUGGAUUGGCAAGAAGAUGAUCGUAGUUUCGAGUCUUCAGAAUCGUCAGACAAAUACCUGUUGGGCUUCAUCAUGUCCAACAUCGUGGGCCUGCAGCACCACUCCGGCACCCUCCACGGCGAGCGUCCUCUGGUGGGCCUGGCCCGCGAGCCCCACAACCCGCACGACCCUCACGCCAUCGUAGUCCUCAACACCCACAGCCUCUCCGUCGGCUACAUCGAACGCUCCGUCGCCGCCGCCCUCUCCCCCCUCAUCGACCAAAACCUCGUCAAAGUCGAAGCCAUCGUCCCCACCGCCCGCAAUGCCCACCGCAUCCCCUGCCAGAUUCACGUCUUCGCCCGCGUUUCCGACUUCAGCGCCGUCGAAAACGCCGUCGAGGACGCCGGGCUCAAGAUCAUCACCGGGUCCGACGCCUCCUUCACCCUCUCCGACUCCGUCGCCGUCAAGGAGACCCGCGCGCAGAAGAAGUCGUCCUCCGUCGACGCCAUUUUCAAGAAAGUCAACCGAAGCUACACCGGCAAGAACCCUGCUAUCCAAAUCCUGGAGCCUCCGAGGACCAUCAUCAGAACAGAGCUUCUCCAGCACCAGAAGGAGGGUCUCGCAUGGCUCGUCCAUCGCGAAAAUUCCGAUGAUCUCCCCCCGUUCUGGGAAGAAAAUGAAGGCAAAUUCGUGAAUAUCUUGACAGAUUAUCAAUCGGAUAACCGGCCUGACCCUUUACGAGGUGGUAUCUUCGCCGACGAAAUGGGGUUGGGAAAGACCCUAACUUUGCUUUCUUUGAUUGCUUUUGAUAAAAAGAGCCAAAUGGGUGUCUCGAAGAAGUGGAGAACUGACAGAAAGGUUGUUACUUUGGAGAAAAGAAGAAUGCGUGAAAGUGAGAAUGAAAGUGAGAGCAGUUCCCCUGAGAAGGGAUUUAGAACAAAUGCAACCUUGGUGGUGUGUCCUCCUUCUGUUAUGUCGACGUGGAUCACACAAUUGGAGGAACACACUGUGCCUGGUGCAUUGAAGACUUACAUGUAUUAUGGAGAAAGGAGGACGGAUGAUCCUUUUGAUCUCAAUAGGUAUGAUCUGGUGUUGACCACAUAUGGUAUUUUGGCUGGCGAACACUGUAUGCCCAAGAUGCCGGCUAAGAAUAUGUAUUGGCGGAGAAUUGUGCUGGAUGAGGCACACACCAUCAAGAAUUUCAAUGCUCUGCAGAGUUUGGCGGUUAGCAAGUUGAAUGCUCAGUGCAGAUGGGCUGUCACAGGGACGCCAAUUCAGAGUGGUUGCAUUGAUUUGUUUUCUAUAAUGGUCUUUUUGCGGUUUCAACCCUUUUCAGUGAGACAACAAUGGAGAGAGUUGGUGCAACGAUCUCUUAAUAAGGGCAAAGACAAAGGGCUUGUACGUUUGCAGAUUUUGAUGGAGGCAAUUGCUUUGCGAAGAACAAAAGAUAUGACAUUGGUGGGGCUGCCACCCAAAACCAUUGAGAUUUGUUAUGUCGAGCUUUCUUUUGAUGAACGUCAAAUGUAUGAUCAGUUGAAACAGGAUACAAAGAUAUUUUUGAGUAGGUAUGCCCAUGAUGACAGUCUAGUGCCCCAUUAUUCUGCUGUACUAAGUAGGAUUCUAAGACUUCGCCAAAUCUGUACUGAUUCAAAACUGUGGAAUGUUCAGUCGCUACUCCUUACAAAUAUUGAAGAUGCCUCCAAUAAUCCUGAACUGCUGCAAGCAUUACUUGGGCAGGUGCAAGAUGGUGAAGAUUUUGACUGUCCAAUUUGUUUGUCUCCCCCGAUAGAGAUUGUGAUCACACGUUGUGCUCACAUCUUCUGCCGAAUCUGUAUUCUGAGAGCUCUACAAAAUAAAAACCCAUGUUGUCCUCUUUGCCGGCGCCGCCUCAAAGAAUCUGACUUGUUCUCAGCCCCUCCCGAAUCUUCCAAGGUAGAUAGUGCUGGAGAGUGCUCAUCAUCACAAACAGUGUUACCCUCCAAAGUGUCUACAUUGAUAAAACUUCUUACAGAAUCGAGGGACCAACAUCCAGCUGCAAAGUCUGUUGUAUUUUCACAAUUUCGAAAGCUGCUAUUGUUAAUGGAAGAGCCUUUGAAUGCAGCUGGAUUCAAGACCCUGCGUCUUGAUGGGACAAUGAAUGCUAAACACAGGGCCAAUGUUAUUGAGCAGUUUCAAUCCCAAGGAAUAGAUGGGCCAACAGUUCUGCUUGCAAGCCUCAGGGCUUCAAGUGCAGGUAUAAAUCUGACAUCUGCCUCUAGACUGUACUUCAUGGAGCCAUGGUGGAACCAUGCAGUUGAGGAACAGGCGAUGGAUCGUGUCCACCGCAUUGGUCAGAAAGAGGCUGUGAAGAUUGUUCGAUUGAUUGCUCAAAACAGCAUUGAAGAACAAAUAUUGGUGUUACAGGAGAAGAAGAAACAACUGCCUAGGGAACCAUCUGGGACAGGAUUAAAGGGCAUGGGCAUAAAUGAUAUACAUUUCCUUUUAGAUCACUAGAGAUGGUUAUUGGUUACAUGAAUGGGGCAGUGAGUUGCUGAAUGUGAAUUUUGUCUGUUUGAUUCCCUCAAACUUUUGCUGUUGCCCUACAAUUUUGUUUGACUGAAACGACAAAGGGUGUAUGACUGCUUUUUGAUAUACAAAAUUAAGCAAGUGUAAAGUUGUUGGAUCAAAUGAGUAGUUUUUUUAAUGAUGGUAAACAGCUAUAAAUUUCUGCAGGAAUUUACUUUUUUUUUGGUUUAAAGGAGAAUUUACA